GUUUUCCACACGUUUAUCAAACAGAAAUUUUGUUUACAAAUUCAAAUCCUCUGGAAAAAUUCAUUUACUACCAAAUAACUCAUGAUUUUGACUUUAAUACUUAAACGAUUACCAUGUUUAUCAAGCACCUCCAUAUAAAAAACUUGUUUAUUUUUAAACUGUUUAUUUUUUUCAAAAACCCACGUAGUUUAAAUUAAAACAUUGCAAUUUUGUAAAAUUGCGAGUGCAAUUAGGGCAGGAUUCUUUUCAACACCCGAUAAGUAAAGGACACAGUAAAACACAUUUACGUAUAGAAAAUUAUUAUUAACGAUUUCACGAAACAGUGAAUUACAAUGGAAACUAAAAAUAAACAACAGCAAAGAAGAGAUCAUCCCGUGGACACGUCCAACUUUCUUUCAAAUUGGCUAUUUUGCUGGGUAUUGCCAGUUGUUGGCAAAGCAACCAAAACCGCAAUCACCGAAGACUCACUUUACGCAACACCGGGAAACUGUCAGGCGAGAGUUUGUGCCGAAAAACUGGAAAAAUUUUGGUUUCUUGAGCUGAAAGGGAAAAACCCAUCGCUCACGCGUGCAAUAAUGAAAAGUUACGGUUUUCGAUUUUUCUUUUACGGUUGUUUGUUCUUUCCCGUGGAUCUUGCAUCACGUUUGUUCCAACCAUAUUAUUUGCAAAAAUUACUCGACUACUAUACUCUAAGUCAGAAAGGAGUGACUCAAAACGAUGCGCUUUUCUCCGCAUUGAUGAUUGUUUUGUUUCCGUUUCUUCGCCUUGUUACUUUUCAUACAUACGUGGCUGCUAGCAAAAUUCUGGGAAUGAAGGCAAAAGUCGCAUGUUCUUCCCUCAUUUAUAGAAAGUGUCUCCAAUUGAAGAAAAAUCAUUUACAAAGAGUGACCACAGGACAGUUAAUUAAUCUUCUCAGUAACGAUGUUCGUAGGUUUGAUUGUUGUGAUCUUAUUAAUUUUGUGUGGAUCGGGCCGGCGGAAGUUCUUAUUGGAAUUUUUUACGUGGACGUCACUAUAGGACGUGCUGCCACAAGUGGUGUUCUUGUUUUAAUUUUGUGUUUCUUCCUCCAGUUAUUUAUCUCGAAACACAAUUCUGUCGUUAGGAGACGUAUUGCCGAAAAAACAGACCACAGAAUAGGCCUAAUAAAUGACCUUAUCAGUGGUAUGCAAAUUAUCAAAAUGUAUGCUUGGGAAAAACCAUUCACAAAAUUGAUUUCAAUUGCUAGAAGUUUAGAGCUCAAGGAGAUAAAGACAGCAACUUACAUGUUUAUUUUAAACGAUUCGUUCAAACACACUGUGGUCAAAAUCAUUAUCCUUUUGGGAGUGUCCUUAGCUGCACUGACAGGACUCCCGUUAACACCCCAAUACUUCUUCGCAAUGGCGAGUACUUUCGAGAAUUUGAAAAUGGCCAUAACUCUGUGCACACCACUUGCAAUCACCCAACUCUCAGAACUGAAAACUACAAUACUCCGCAUUCAGAAAUUUUUGCUAACUGAGUGCCACUCCAAAGAGUUUCAAAUCAAAGAAGCUGCAACUCUUGGCAUUGAAAUCAAAAAUUUGGGCGUCAAGUGGGAUAAUUCACACGAUUUUGUGUUAAAAAACCUAACUUUGACUGCCACUUGUGGGCAACUUACCGGUAUAGUUGGUCCUGCAGGUGGCGGUAAGUCCACACUCUUGCAAACAAUAAUCAAAGAAACGAAAAUAAUCAAUGGAACUGUUUCACUGAAAGGACGUAUUUCGUACGCUUCGCAAGAAGCUUGGAUUUUUUCGGCCAGUGUCAGACAAAACAUUCUUUUCGGUGAGGCAAUGGAUGAGGAAAAGUACCGAAAAGUGCUCAAAGUGUGUGCUUUGGAACACGAUCUAGCGUUGUUUCCUUACGGUGAUAACACACUAGUUGGGGAAAGGGGAAUUAUGUUGAGUGGAGGGCAAAAAGCUCGGAUUAACUUGGCCAGGAGUGUCUACAGAGACGCUGAUAUUUAUCUCCUGGAUGAUCCCUUAUCGGCUGUUGAUGCCCAAGUAGCUCGGAUAAUUUUCAAAGAGUGCGUGCAAAACUAUUUGAAAGACAAGUGUGUUGUUUUGGUGACCCACCAAGUGAGUUACCUUCAAAAAGCCACAAAAAUAUACUCCUUGACAGAGGGGAGACUUGAAUGUAUUGAACAGUUAGAGCAAAGUGGUUUCGCGGAAUCAAACCCCCAGUCACACUUUUUGCAAAGCCAAGUUGUACCGACUGAAGUUAAUAAGGAAGAGUUCGGAAAUUUAAAAACUGGACACGUCUAUAAAACGUAUUUCACAGUCGGGGGAAAAUUAUUGUUUGUUUUUGUAAUGUUAACUUUUGUUCUAAUUCAAGUGGUGGGGAACUGCCAGGACUAUUUCCUCAGUUUUUGGCUCAACUUACGACAAAAUUCUUUGCCUGAUCAUAGUUGGUACAAUUUUUUCUCAAACGAAAAUUGCUUGCUCCUUUACGGUGUUUUCCUAUUAGCACUGAUUUUGAUUAUUUUUAUAAACUCUUGGUUGUUUGUUAGUUAUACUAAAAAAGCGUCCUCUCGCUUGCAUAACAAGAUGCUGACAAAUGUAGCCCAUGCCGAUAUGAAAUUUUUUCAUAAUAAUGCCAGUGGUAGAAUCCUCAAUAGAUUUUCAAUGGACAUUGGAUGUAUUGAUCAAGCAAUCCCACUAUCUUUGGUGUGGUUCUUACCGUCACUUUUAAUUUGUAUCGGGAAUUGUUUGCUAGUUUGCGUUUUAAAUUAUUGGAUGGUUCUUCCAACAAUCAUUUUGAUUCCUAGCUAUUACUGCCUAGGGGUCGUGUUUAUGCCAGUUUUAAAGUCGGCAAAAAGGACUGAAGGAAUAACACGUAGCCCAAUUUUCAGUCAUUUGACUGCGACUCUUCAAGGUCUAGCAACUAUCAAAGCGUUCAAUGCGCAAGACACACUUCUGAAAGAGUUUGAAGACCACCAAAAUCUUCACAUUUCUGCUCAGCACUUGGUCAUCAACAUCUACGCUUUGCUAAGUUUUAUCGCUGAUUUUAUUUGCAAUUUUUACGUCGCGUUGAUUAUUUUUGGAUUUUUCUUGCUGGGCGAAGGGGCGCAGGUUGCUAAUGUCGGUUUGGCAAUCCAUUUAGGGAUUUACGUCGUGUCUUUAAUUGCAUUUGUCAUGAUAACUUUGAGUAAUUUGGAUAGUGAAAUAACUUCGGUCGAACGCGUUUUGGAUUACACACAAUUACCGCCAGAGUUAGACGGGACAAUACCUCCCCCAAAGGCAUGGCCAAGUCAAGGCCGAAUAACAUUUCGAUCAGUCUCUCUCAAAUAUUCACCCACUGAACCCCCUGUUCUCAAAAAAGUCAGUUUUACCAUCGAACCGGGCGAAAAAAUUGGCAUAGUUGGGAGGACAGGUGCCGGAAAAUCCUCUCUGGUUUCCACACUUUUCCGCCUGUUCCCAUUUGAGGGAACGAUUUUGAUCGACAACAUCGAUACCAAAUCGAUUCCACUCAAAGACCUCCGUUCCAAAAUCUCCGUCAUUCCGCAAGACCCAGUGUUAUUUUUGGGAACUUUGCGGAAAAAUUUGGACCCGUUUGAUGAAUUUACCGACGCUGAGUUGUGGUCGGCCCUUGAGGACGUUGAACUGAAAAGUGUGGUUCGGGACUUGGACAGUGAGGUUUCAGAAGGGGGUUCGAACUUUAGUGUUGGACAGAAGCAACUGCUUUGCCUGGUUAGAGCAAUGCUGAGAAGGAACAAAAUUGUGGUUUUGGAUGAAGCUACGGCUAAUAUCGACCUCAAGACAGACGUGUUGAUUCAAUCAGCAAUCAGACGCAAGUUUCAUAAGGCGACAGUUUUAACAGUUGCUCACCGGUUGAAUACUGUGAUGGAUUCAGACAGAAUUUUAGUGAUGAAUGAUGGGGUUGUCGUAGAGUUUGGGAGUCCAAAAGUUUUGCUAGAAGACGUCAAUGGGUUCUUUUACCAGUACUGUGUAAACAGCAAUAAAAUGACUAAAGCUUAACAAGUUG